CUCAGCUGGGUGGGGCCGUCGAUGCGCCAGCGCCGCGCUUCCUGCUUCCCUCGGAGCAGCGCGAGACCACACGGAAACCCUGUUCACGUGCGAUGUCCGCCGCGGAGUGGAAGCAGAAGUGCGAGGCGGAGUGGGCUCUCCAGGGCGUCCCGAUGCCCGACGCCGUGGACUGGAAGUCCGUGUAUGAAGCCAAGCCGCUGGGACGGAACCUGCUGAAGAACCCGGCUCCUAUCGGAUUUAGCAAGGACACCCCUCCGCCUGAGCCUGAGUACCCAGAUGCGCCUCCAGAUGGACCUCCUCGUUUUCAGCCUGAAGGUGACUUUGCUGGCUGGACCACGAACACAGAGGUCCUGCCUUACGACACCAGCGGCAUCCCAGAGGGCGUUGUGGUCUGUGGGUUGCCGCAGUACAGCUGGUUCACCUUGGAGCAGGUUGUGGACCUGAAGGCAGAGGGGCUGUGGGACGAGCUGCUGGAUACCUUUCAGCCUGAAAUAGUCAUUCAAGAUUGGUACGAAGAAAGUCAGCUGCACGAUUACAUCUACCAGCUGCAUGUGAAGCUGCUGGCUGCAGACAAAACAACAGUCAUCUCAGAGCACACAGCAAAGCCCACAGAGAACCGGAGCGUUUACUCCCACAACUGGAAGGAGGUGUCUCACGUGUUCUCCAGCUACGGAGCCGGUGUGAGAUACGUCCACUUCCAGCACAGGCUGAAGAACAGCUUCUUAAAUGACUUCUUCCCUACACGCUUCACUGGCAGCUCUGUCAUUGUGAAGCCGCUCAGAAGCAGUUCGUAGGUUUAAGCUUCUGACGGAAAAGUAGCUGCUGGGUCAGGACAUAAUAAAAUAUUGCACUACACCAA